AUGGAUGAUACUACCCAGUUCGACGAACAACCUUUAGAUGCUGUCUUUGGUGACAGAGUUAGAAGAUUUCAAGAGUUUUUAGACAGAAUAGAUGCAAACACUGGUGUUGAUUAUAGAGCCCAAAUAAGAGACUUGAUAAUUAAGGGCAAAUACAGAUUAAAUGUUUCAAUUGACCAGGUUAGAGAUUUUGACAGAGAGUUUUGGCAAGGGUUAUUAAACCAACCGGCUGAUUAUUUACCUGCGUGUGAGCGUGCUUUAAGAGAUACAGUGUUGACAAUUUACGACCCUAGCGAUUCAUCAUUCCCAAGCGAUUUUGAUACUAAUCAACAAUAUUAUUUGAGUUUUAAAGGAGCUUUUGGUAGUCAUUCAAUCACUCCUAGAUCGAUAGACUCAAACUACUUAUCAAAAAUGGUUUCAAUUGAAGGUAUUGUUACUAGAGCUUCCUUGGUUCGUCCAAAAGUUAUUAGAUCGGUGCAAUAUGCUGACGCUACUGGUAGGUUUUAUGCAAGAGAAUACAGGGACCAGACCACUUCUUUUGACGCUAUUUCAACUCCCCCAAUCUACCCCACUGAAGAUAUGGAUGGUAACAAGUUGACUACUGAGUAUGGUUACUCGACGUAUAAAGACCACCAAAAAAUAUCUGUCCAAGAAAUGCCAGAGACUGCGCCAGCUGGUCAAUUACCCAGAUCCGUGGAUGUUAUCUUAGAUGACGACUUGGUUGACCUUACAAAACCUGGAGACCGUGUUCAAAUUGUUGGAGUUUAUCGUGCUUUGGGUGGUGGUGUCAAUAACAAUUCAUCAUUCAAGACGGUGAUCUUGGGUAACUCGGUAUACCCAUUACACGCAAGAUCAACAGGUGUUGCCUCCCAAGAGAAAAUCACCGAUCAUGACAUUAGAAACAUUAACAAGCUUUCCAAAGACAAGAAAAUAUUUGACAUCUUGUCUCAGUCAUUAGCGCCCUCGAUUUAUGGGUUUGAGCAUAUCAAGAAAGCUGUUUUGUUGAUGAUGAUGGGAGGGGUGGAAAAGAAUUUAGACAAUGGUACCCAUUUGAGAGGAGACAUCAAUAUCUUGAUGGUUGGUGAUCCUUCAACUGCUAAAUCUCAAAUAUUGAGAUUUGUUUUGAACACCGCCUCAUUGGCCAUUGCAACAACUGGUAGAGGAUCCUCUGGUGUUGGUUUAACUGCUGCAGUCACCACUGACAAAGAAACUGGUGAAAGAAGAUUAGAAGCAGGUGCAAUGGUUCUAGCAGACAGAGGAAUAGUAUGCAUUGAUGAAUUUGAUAAAAUGUCAGAUUCAGAUAGGGUGGCUAUUCAUGAAGUUAUGGAACAGCAAACCGUAACUAUUGCCAAAGCCGGUAUCCACACCUCCUUGAAUGCUCGUUGUUCUGUCGUUGCCGCAGCUAACCCCGUAUUUGGCCAAUAUGAUGUGCACAAAGAUCCCCAUAAGAACAUCGCCUUACCAGAUUCGCUAUUGUCUCGUUUCGAUUUAUUGUUUGUUGUCACCGAUGAUGUAAACCCAACCAAAGACCGGGUCAUUUCGGAGCAUGUGUUGAGAAUGCACAGGUUCGUACCUCCAGGAAUGAUGGAAGGGGAACCAAUAAGAGAAAAAUCAAGUGUGACAUUAGCAGUUGGGGAUGACGAGGUGAAUGAACAAGAAUUGUUGGAACAGCCCGUUUUUGAAAAAUUUAACGCGUUAUUACAUGCUGGUGUUGCAAGAAAUUCCAAAAAGUCACCUACCAUUUUGUCGAUACCAUUCUUGAAAAAGUACAUCCAAUAUGCCAAGCAGAGAAUCAAGCCUGUGUUGACAAAGAGUGCAUCCGAUUAUAUUGUUACCACUUACUCCUCGUUAAGAAACGACUUGAUUGGAAACAACCAAAGAAACACAGCUCCAAUAACUGCAAGAACUUUGGAAACGUUGAUCCGUUUGGCUUCGGCCCAUGCCAAGGUGAGGUUAUCCAAAAGUGUGGAGGUCAAAGAUGCUAAAGUAGCCGAGGAGAUGUUGAGGUAUGCUUUGUUUAAGGAAAUUCCCAAGAAGCAAAAGAAGAGAAGAACUGUUGCUGAAACUUUUGAUUCAGAGCUGGAAUCUGAAGAAGACUCAGAAGAAGGGGAAGGAGAAGAAGACGAGGUGGCGGGAACAAGGCCAAGUACGAGAAGAACCAGGUUGAGGGAACAACAACAACAACAGCAGCAGCAGCAACAACAAAGGACUCCAGAUACCACACCAGAGCCACCAUUGGGACAGCAAGAUAAUGAUGGUGAUGCUGAAGAAGUUGGUGAAGAGUUGGAGCAAUUCCACAUAACACCGGAAAAUGAACAGCAACAGCUGCCUGUCCCUGACGAAUCAAGCUCCACCUCGCAUCAUCCACUAGGUGAUAGAGCAACAAACACAGAACAAACAUCCAGGUUAAGUUCAGAGAGAUUCCAAACGUUCCGCAGAGUACUUCAAAAAGUUAUUCGUUCAGAUGUGUUUACUGGUCCUGAAUCCCAACGUAUAGCCCCUAUUGAAAAUGUUGUUAGGGCUAUAAAUGAGGAAAUGGCACAGGAGGAGAAAUUCACAGAGUCUGAAAUUGAAACUGGACUCGAGAAGAUGCAAGAGGAUAACAAAAUCUUCCUUGCCGAAGGAAAAGUGUGGACGAUGUAG